CAAGCUGGAGUUCACGAUAUAUUUUGGGGCUGCGAUGUUCUAUUACUUCUCCUUUUGUAAAUCAAUUCUUCUGUUUGAGUAUUUCAAAGCUUCUUUACUAUUUUAAUAGACGUUUAUUUAUACUUGGUCAAGAAAAUGCCAGAUUUUUAGUGACGCUAGAUCUUCCUUCCCGUUGCCAAUGGAGGAAACGGCGCCACGAUCAAAACUAAAGUGCAAUGUCGCAGUUAUCGAUAAGACCGAUAAGUUUACACAAUUCAUUAUCACAUUCAGAACAAGAUGAAGAUAAUCUUUCACAUUUAGACGACUUUGAUAAUCCUGAAGGGCUCUCAAAUACAUCAACACUCCUUCAUGCUGCUGCUGUCAAUGGCAACAAACGUAUGCUGCAAAAAUUACUCCAAGAAGUCAAUUCUAGUGAUGAGAUAAACAGAGGAGAUCAGUUCGGUAGAACACCUUUGGUCUACAGUGUGCUUGGAGACCGUUUAGACUGUGCAAAGCUGCUUAUUCUGUAUGGAGCCAGUGUAUCGAUGAGUGAUUUUGAUGGACGAACGCCACUACACUGGGCAGCAUAUCAGGGAAGCCAAAAGUGUGUGAAAUUGCUGUUAGCAAGGGGAGCUGACUGGAAGGCAAAAGACACAAAGGGAAGAACACCACUACAUUUUGCUGCCAGUCAUCAGUCCUCUAAGUGUUUAGCUGUUUUACUAAAGAAGGCACCCAAGGGUGAUGUCCAUGUUGAUGACCCUGAUAAUGAUUCCAUGACAGCUUUACAUUGGGGAGCAUCUUAUGGCAAUACAGAACAUGUCAGGAUGCUUUUGAAGGCAAAAGCAUCUGUAAAGCUGCUUGACUUGGAAAGUAAAACACCAUUACAUUGGGCGACAACCAACCGAAAUCCAAGUGUUGUCAAACUUAUUCUGGAACAAACCACUGAAAUCAUAAACUGGAAGGAUGUUGAAGGCAGAACAGCAUUACAUCUUGCUGUAGCCAGACAAAAUGAAGAUGUUGUCAAAUCACUUUUAGUUGUGGAAGAUUGUAAUCCUUCUCUUCAGGAUAACAUGGGACGCACACCACUUCACUGGGCCACUGUUUUAGAAAAUUCUCGUAUUGUGAAGCUGUUACUUCGUAGAGGAGCGGACUACAAGGUUGCAGAUGGUAACGGGUCAACUGUCCUUCAUUAUGCUGCUCAGGGUGAUUUUGCUCAAACUGUUGAAGUGUUACUUUCAAGUUGUGAUAUUAAAGACACUCCUGAUGAUAAAGGCAGAACUGCUUUAAUGUGGGCAGCUGGAAAAGGGGCAAGUUCAUCUCUAGAUGCUAUGCUCCGUCAUCAUCUUGAUGUCCAUGAGACGGACAAUGCAGGUCGAACAGCUCUUCACAUUGCUGCGUACACAGGAGAUGUCAAUUGUGUGGAGAUGCUGUUAAAAUAUGGCGCUAGCGUCAAUGCCUUGGAUCAGCUUAACCACACUCCAUUGUUUAGAGCUUGUGAGAUGGGAUAUGCUGAUGUUGUAAAUUUGCUAAAAGACAAUAAAGCCAUGCUAGAUUUAGAAGAUCAAGAUGGCCGGUCUCCUCUUCAUUGGGCUGCUCUAAAUGGACAUGUUCAUAUUUGCUUUAUCCUUGUUACUAAUAAUGCUCAAGUCAAUAGAGGAGAUAGAUUAGGUUGUACACCACUGCAUUGUGCUGCUUAUGGAGGUUUUGUGAAUUGUAUGUCACUUUUGAUUGACAAUGGGGCUGAUGUGAACAAGCUUGACAACGAAGGGACCUCUGCCUUUCACUGGUCGUGUUCCUCUGGCCAUCUUGAAGCAGUCAAACUACUGUUUAGGAAAAAAGCCUUCCCUAACUACACUAAGCUCAACGAAGAAAGAUUAACACCAUUGGACUUUGCUAUCAUAGGAGACCAUCAAGAUGUGGCGCAGUACAUGAUUGAGCAAGGCGGUCUGACCUUUCGUGCUAUUCAAGACGUAGCAGCUACAACAAUACAAUCAUGUUGGCGCGGCUAUCGCGUUCGUAAGCCUUUCCAGAAACGUAAAACGCUGUACAUGCGCCAUGAGCAGCUAAAAAGAGACAUGAAGAGAAGAAACAGCGCGGCUAAAGAAGAAGAACUAAAAUCGCAUACUGUUGAGGCAGCUAUGUCUGCAAGUGUUGAGCCUCAGGUUCCUUUGUGGGGUGUCGGUCGUCGACAGGCUUUGUGUCACAGUACCUCUGGUGGUCUCUUUCAACUAGAUCUCGACUUACAGCCUGAAGGAAAGGCUCAUGACUAUAGUGAUGAUGAUCAUGACAGUUACGAGACGGUCUUGGACGGGGAGACUAGUGAUGGGGAGUACGAUUUCCUAUCGACGAUUUUAGAAGCGUCGUUUCCUUCGGUAAAUGGGAGUGUAUUUGAAACUAUGGCAGACAGAGAUGGCACUAUUAAACAAAACAAUAGAAUAUCGCUAGCUGCUGAAACUAUCGCCGAAAAUGAGGAUGAAAAACACGAACAAGAAUCGCAAGUUAUGGAGGAGAGUCAAAAUUCGUCUUCUUUAGAUAAUCGUAUUUCCAAUAACCCACCUGAUAUAACGUCUGCUGAACGAAGUAAUACUUCUUGCAGUGAGGAUCGCGAGCUAGACGACUGCACCGAUUUCACUCCUCCACCCAAUGUAGCGUCCCCUGCACGAAGCAAUACUUCUUGCAGUGAGGAUCGCGAGCAAGACGGCCGCACAGAUUUCAUUCCCCCGUCCAAUGUAGCGACUGCUGACAGAAGCAAUGCUUUUUACAGUGAGGAUGGCGAGCUAGAUGACUGCACAGAUUUCAUUCCUCCGUCCAAUGAUGCGUCUACUGAACGAACUAAUACUAGUUCUCGCAGUGAAGAUCGCAGACUAGAUGGUCGUACAGAUUUUAUUCCUCUGCGCGAAAAUAAAAUUUUACUUCAUUCACAGACUUCUGAAAAUGCUCGCAAAGAGAGAAAAAGACGUGAGUUGAUUCGUGCUAAAAUGCAGGCUGCAACGACUAUCCAACGAUGGUACAGAAGAAAUCGCAUAUCAAAGCAACAUGAAUAUWGUGUUGCAGAAUUGCAAAAUGACCAUGAAGAGCUCAUUAAACAAAUUGCAGCGUUAACAAUUCAACUUUGGUGGAGAAAAUACCUUUGCAGGCAUUAUCAUCAUGAUAAUCAUGAAAUUACACAUUCUGGUCACGAGUUUAGCAGAUCAGAGACAAGUAAGGAGAAUUAUUCUCAAUUUAAGACAUCUAGAACGAGGAAAAAGGAUUCACAAGUCCGAGGCUUUGUGCAAAAUUCUUGGAAAGGUUCCAGAAGUAACCGCAAAAACGUUUCUAGUGUAACUUCAAUUGGAUCACAGAGGCGAAGCACGCUUAGCUCUGUGUCUGGAAGAAGGAGUACCAGGCCUAGUUUAUCGCAAAAAAGGGUUACCAACAAUAAAAUCAGACCUAGUGUUGGUAGGAUGACCAAGACUGGAUGGGGUCAGGAUUUUGAUGUGAAUUUUUCAAGGAAACUAAGUAAAAAUAGUUGGAAAAGCUAGCAAACUACAGAACUUUCAAAACUUGGAUAAUAAGAGUUAUAAAUAUAGAUGAAAGAUAAACAAAAAGAAAUUAAAUUAUUAAAAGUGGAAAAUGUCAUGGAUUUUUUUUGAGUUUGAUAGGUCGUGAGGCCGUAACCGAAAAUACCCGAAAGGAAUAUCAACUGGUCUAAUUGUUUUAGUAUUCACCAAACUAUAGGGCAAAUUUGAAAAAAAAUAAAGAACAAUUUUUGAAUAGGGUCUAUGUUCAUUAUCUUCCAUAAAAGUAUGGAAGCCGUAGCCAUCUUGGAGAUAACAACAUUUUAGUAUCAUUUCCAUCAUGGCGGCCGAACUUUCGAGGCCUUCUGAGAUCUUCUGAUAAUGGAAGAAGUAUGAGUAGAUAUUUCCGGUGGUC